AUGCCACCUCGGACAUCGAAAGAGACGGGUAGUUCAAAAGCUAGUGGAUCCAAACAAGACGGCGCGAAGAAGCCAAAGUCGUCCAGCAGUGGUGGCUUGAAGAAGAAGAAAUUGACGCCAUUCAAUAAAUUCAUUAAGCAAGAAUUGACUCGUUUGAAGGAGGCGGAGCCAGAUAUCAGUCAUCAAGAAAGGUUCAAACUUGCGACUGCCAAUUGGAAAACAGCUCCAGAAAACCCAAGGCGGGAGACCGAUUAA